UUUCCGGAAUGGUUUAGCAUUUCCUCGGACGGCCAUUUUAUAAGACGCUUCGUGAUCGCGUAUGUUUGCAUGUUCGGUAUCUUUUACUCUUUUUAACAAGUAAACUAUUUACUCCUUAAAUAAUUUAGUUUAUUGAGUAGAAAACGUAUUGGGGAUGAUCAAGCAAGAGGAGAGUCAAGUGCAGAAUAAUGACGAAAGGGACCGAAGUAGAGAGCGCGACCGUAACAGGAGGGCCGAGCGACAAAAUCGUAUAAAUUCUACGAGUCGUGAUCGUAGCAGAGAACGGAACGAUCGUGGUCGAAAAGCUUCGGAUCGACGAAUCUACGUAUCAAACAUUCCCUAUGAUUUUCGCUGGCAAGACCUGAAGGAUUUGUUCAGAACAGAGGUUGGGAAAGUCGCUCACGUUGAACUUUUCACUGAUGAAAAUGACAAGCCAAGAGGCUGUGGUAUUGUUGAAUUUGAGGAUUCCGAUUCGGUAAAAAUUGCUGUAGAAAAAAUGCAUCGGUAUGAUAUUAAAGGGAGAAAGCUGGUCGUCAAAGAGGUAGAUUUCGAUGUCGAGCGAGAUAAAUACGGUCGGUUGGCAACAGCCCGUAAUAAUGAAAGAGUUCGUGAUGAUAGAUUUAGAGAUCCGCCAAGGCCGCAGGGUGGUGGACGUCAAAAUAUGAAUGCUCCUACUGGUGGAGGUGGUGGUGGUGGCGGCGGUGGCGGCGGCGGUGGUGGUGGAGGUGGUGGCGGAGAUAGCAAAUUUGGAAAUACUUACGGUUUAAGUACUCAGUUUUUAGAAUCUUUAGGUAUUAAUGGACCUUUAGUUACUAGAGUAUUUGUAGCCAAUCUUGACUAUAAAGUGGAUGAGAAGAAAUUACUAGAAGUAUUUAAAUUAGCUGGUAAAGUCCUACAUGUUGAGUUAGGAAAGGAUAAAGAUGGAAAAUCACGAGGAUUUGGAGUGGUAGAAUAUGAUCAUCCAGUAGAGUCUGUACAAGCUAUAUCUAUGCUUCACAAUCAGCAACUUUAUGACAGACGCAUGACUGUGAGACUUGACAGAGCAAAUGAACCAGACAUGCCACCAAAAUUACCAGAAGGUUUAAAGGGAAUUGGAAUGGGUCUUGGAGCUGGUGGUAAUAGAUUAAUGGAUGUAGCUAGAAACAUUCCUAAUGUACAAGCAAAUAAUCCACCUGUCGUGAAUCCCAUUUCUGCUCCCGUAUUGGCUGCCGGUGCUUUUGGUGCUGGCUUAAACAACGUUGUACCAGCACAGCUAGCAUCUGCAUUGUCAAAUACAAAUGCUGCAGCUCUUCAAGCAAGUCUUGCUGGAGGUUUGAGCGCUAACCUGACUACGAGUUCUUUGCUGAAUUCGUCGCUAACAAAUGAGUUGGCUACUAAUUUAAAUAAUUUCGGCGGAGGAGUUGGAGGUUUGUCUAAUUUACAAGCCUCUUUAGCUGGUGGACAAAGCAACAAUUCAUUUGCGCCGCGAGGCUUAUCUAAAAUGGACAAUGAUGUAGGCUUUGGUGGAAACAAUGCUUUUGGUGGUUCUAACUUCGGGGGUGGCAGAGAUUUUGACGGUGGAUUCAACAGAGGGGACAACGAUCGUGUUCCUGGUGGAGGCGGUGGUUUCGCUGGAAAUCAGGGCCAAGGAGGAGGUGGAAACAGACAAAAUACCAAUGGUUCACGACCGAUGUCAGAUACUAUUCUUAUAGGAAACCUUCCACCAAACACAACAUGGCAAAUGUUGAGAGACAAAUUCCAAGACGUUGGGGAGGUGAAAUUUGCUGAAAUGCGGGGCACUGACAUGGGUAUGGUACGAUUUGCAUCUGAAUGGGAUGCUGAACGUGCUGUGUCUAUGAUGAAUCGGUCACGUAUCGACGGCAGAACGAUCGAUGUUCGCCUUUACUAAAAGCUGGAAAAUACAUUCAAGCGAGAGGAGACUGGGUGUUCGUAUGUCGUCUGCAGGAUUAUUCCACUCCUGAUGACAAUACUUGAAAUUCAUCCUAGUAGUGUGGCAGAACUUAGGACAGUGGGUGAGAAGUAUCUGUCGUUGGAAGAUCAACAGUUGUUUUAUGCCUACUUCAACGUUGAAACACUCAUUGGCUGCCGAUGAUCACCCUUCCUUCCUACGACUGUUUCAUUCGAAAUUCUUUUACGAGAUUAUCGUUCCUUUUUACAGUGGUAGUCUACUAAUUGUUCACUCCUAAAUGGAUCUUUUCGAGUGAUCGAUAUAUAGUUUAGUUGUUAGAUUUAGGUUCAUAAUGUUCUACAUAAUCUGUAGGUUUUUCAGUAUGUAGGUUUAUGCUAUUUACAGUAAUUAUCAAAUGUAGAUUGUAAGUUUAUUUCUUAGUUUUCAUGAGAGAUCAAUCAAUUUUUCCCACAUUCCGGUUGAACAUGACGCUUUGGUCGUUCGCGGAGUGAUUUAUCGAUCAGGGACAGAUUAAUCUUUCAAGCAUAAAUACUAACGCGACAUAGCUGUUACGGAUUUUAUGACUUAAACUUUAUCCAUGUAUGAUAGAUACUUUCAUGCACAAUCCUACACAGUUCGUGGACGUGUGUUGAUUUUUCUGUGGUAUCGGUCGCACUCUAUUCUUGUAUCUAACACAUAGUAAGAUACAUCAUGGCUCAACAGGGGACUGUAUUGUUUUCAUUGUAGUUCUGCGAUCUGAUCUUUUAUUCGUCGCGUCACAUCAUUCUAGUAACUUGGAGAUUCAAGUGUAGUAGAUACAAAAUUUUAGUUGUUAUUAGGAAGAAGGUCCCUUCCAAUUCAAUCGUUUCGAGACUUCAGCGAAUGAAUAUUGGAUGAUUUUAUACCCUAAAUUUGGCAGAAUUUGUCUUACAUAUUGUGCAUCAAUAAUAUGUUUACCAAAAAAUACUAAAUAUUUAUCUAAAGAACGAACAAUUUUUAAUAUAUUUCGGUUUUCGAACCGAGACUUUCCACAGCUAAUUUUAUAAGUAUAUAUUCUUUGGUAAACAUAUUUCCUCUCGCUAUGUAGAUCUCGAGGAACAUUCUGCGCAUUGUAUAACACUCUUGUAUAACCACGACAUCAUGACAGUGAUUGAAUAAAAUCCAAAUCCGUUUUGACUACAAAAAAAUA